ACCAAUGGGAACGCUUCCUGUCUGGGGCGCGAGUCUUGAGCCCGGAAAUAGUCUUGUUUAUAUUUUCCAUUGAACCAAAAAUUGACCUUUCUUUAAAAAAAUUGGCGUAUUUUACAAUUCAUCAGGUUCUAGCAAUGUCUUGUUCCGAAUCUACUAACAUCAAAUCGUUUGCGGAAGGUGACAUUCUGCACCCGCAAGUUCUGGCGUUGUUUCCUCUCUGUGACCUGACUGAAGAGGAUCUGAGUCAGAAUCCUCAGUUCUGUAAACUCCUGGUCACUCUGACCAAGCAUGUGGACUCCACCGGACUCACGCUGUCACUCAAGACGGAGCUGGAGAAGGCUGACCAGAAGUUGCAGAGCCAGAGGAGAAACUGGCUGCGCUCUCAGGGCCUGUUCCAGACACUGAAGGAGAUGAUCCAGGAGCACUGUGUGAGGAGGCACUACUCCACUGUCCCGCCUGACCAGAACGUGUUUUACGAGACAAUGGAGAAGUGUCUGCUGGUGGCUCAGUGCGUUCGAAUGUUGGAUCCAAGCAACAGCACUCAAAAGGAACAGCCCAAUAUUUUAGGCCUAGAACCUCAACAAAUACUGCAGCUUAUGCCUUUGGAGAAAAAUGUGCAGAGAAUGAAGCAAAGUUUGCCCCAUGAGCUGGAGAAACAUCUGAAGAAUAAGUGUCUGAGCCUCCUCUGUUACUACCAUCCUGAAUGGGAGAAUAAGAGCGAGAAUCUCAAAUGUACUAAACUGUCGUACCUGGCGAAACAAGUGGACAAAGAUAAGAAGAACGCAGAGAGCCUGAAGGAGAGCUGUCGGGAAAACAAAAUUCUACUGCAGAGACAGAGUCAGCUUUAUCUCUCAGAGUUGAUUAAAUGCAUUAAACUCCUACAAACUCUCAUCCUGGAUCACAGACUGAAAAUUCAGACAGAGUUGGACAAAAAAAAGUUGGACUACUUUGAAGGGAAAUGUGAACUGGUGCUACAAAAGAUUAAAACUGAGAUGGUUGACAUUCAACUGGACACUUACACUCCAGACACAAUAUCUGCUCACAGAAAAAUAAGAGAGAAACUGGACUCCGAGCUGAAGUGCUGUCAGGAGGAGAAGCAGGGUGCGGAGGUAAAACUAGCAUCUUUCGAGAUCUUAGGAAAAGAGUUCCAGGCCCUGGCAGAGGAGUACGGCCGAUUACGACAGGAGAUUGAAAUGAAAAACUGGGCUCUAAAAGAGUUCACUCAGUACAGUAACAAGUGAAGAUUUAUAGACCAAGCUCAGUUCUAAAAUGUAAUAUGUUGUAUGUGUUGG